AAUUGUUUAUCAAUUAUGACCAAGAAAUUAGAAUUUGUGAAUAAGUUGGUAAAUGCUACUUCUGAUGAUGUGUUCUUGGAGAUUUCCUCUUCAAAUGUCAAGAAAAAUGGCACUGUGGAAAAUGAGGGAGUACAUUUAAGCAAAGGAAUUGUGUCUGAAAAAUCCAAAACAUCUGAGACAAAAAUGCAGAAAAAAGAUACAUCUGAAAACAGGAAGGAUAUGAAAUCUAGUGUUGAUACUAAAAAUAGCAAAGGUCAGAGGUCAAGAGCAAGUUCUGAUACAAAGUCACCAAAAAGGUCAGAGGUGAAGGUUAAAGAGAAAGAUGCUAAGAAGCAAAGUCAGGCAAUUAGACGUCUUAGAGGCUCUGUACAUACAAUACAGGCUCUGUCCAUGUUAAAUAAAUUGAAGAAUCGUAAGAGAGAUGGGACCCCAGACAAGUCGGGAACCCCUUCCCAGGAUGCAAUGCCAGAUGAGGCAGCAGCAUCAGCUCGGAAUGUUAUCUGGAAUGAGGAAAUUGAAAAACUGCAGAUAAAAGAUGAAGAACUAACUAAGGUUAGAGAACCCCGACCUCCAGAAAGUGACAGAAAAACUCCAACAACUGAAAGACUUACUGUCAGGAAGUUAAAACCUGCUGAGGAACUCAACAGACCAAGACCUAAAGUGGUUACUGUUGCCAAGCCUGCCCCACUAGAUGCUGAUGUUAAACCUAUGGACCUUUCAGGUUUUUCUGGUCCUAGAUAUGAUCCAGCUGGAAAUGUAAUAGCACACAGUAUUCUGGGUACCUACGAUGACUUUCACAGAGAGGCUGUCACUCGUGGUGAUCUUUUGGAUAUUCCUGCAGUAAGGAAAGAGGACAUGCAGCCAACUGUUCCCACCUUGAAGUACGAGAAGAAGAAGCGUCGUCAUGACGACGACCAGUGGGGACAUAGCAACGAGAGCAAUGCUUUGCGCAACUGGCAGUUGAAAAUGCUUGAAAGGAAAAAGCAGCAAGGAUAUAUCUCAAAGUUACUACAGAAGAAUCCAGAAGAUCUGGCAAUGAACCAGGCUGACAACUACCGGACAAUCCAGGAAGACAGAUAUAUCGUAGACAGGACUAUACCUGCUGUUGGUUAUGGGAAAGGAUUUCGUGUUGGUAGUGAGUUCUGGAAGCAGCAAGAAAAGUUUGGUGAUGAUCUGACUGGUGUACAUCAGUGUAAGAAGCCUCAAUGGAUCCAUACCCUUAGUAAUGGGCACAGUAUGACCUUGACCCAGACAGAGAAAGGUUAUCCACCUCCCAUUGAGCAUAUUGGGAUCCCAGCUAAGAUCAGAGAGGAAAAAGGUUGGCAUUGGGCACCUACCCACACACGACCCAUGCACUAUCCCUGGCACAAGUCUGGGUAUCUGGAGCAAAGAAAGAAACAACUCAAACAGUUUGAGGAGGAGCUGGACCCCCAUAAACCUGACUAUGAUGGUUUAGAAGUGAUUGGAACAUGUAACCCAUACAGUGGAGAAGGGGAUCAGACUGGAGGCACAUCUCAGAUGUUACUAGACAUGGAGAGACAGCCAAUUACAGAGAUGGAAAUGCUUGUUGAAGAUGAUGAUGAUGCUGAUAUCACUGGUGGGAAUCCUGACACACGGACAGACAGUAACCCAACUCCAGUGUUUGGUCCCUCUAUCCAGUUUGCUGGUCAGGCUGCACGCUGGACUGGUGACAGCUACAGCUUUAAGGACCAGGUUGGGAUAGAGGCUCGUGUCAACUUUGAGACAUUCUCAGGGGAUAGAGUUACCAGUUAUCUUACCAUCAUUAACAAUGGUACAACAUCUGUCUACUAUGACUGGAAGAAAAAGCCAAAAGAGAACCCAUUUGAUUUGGCUCAGGCCAGUGUACAGAGGUUUUACUUCAACAAUAGCAGCGGAGUUAUACUGCCAGGGGAGACAAUGAAGUUCCCUUUUGUCUUCAAAUCCCCAAAUGCAGGUGUGUUCCAGGAACAAUGGCAGUUUGAAACCCGGCCUGUAGUGUGCGGUGGUGCAGCUUUACUUGUUACGCUGAGAGGCAUAGCCUUUGCCGAGGAUAAAUACAAGGGCCAGAGACUUAAACUAGAGUCCGAGUUACAGAAGAAGGAAGCUGAUCAGAUGAUGCGACAUAUCCUGGAGGAGAUUAUAGGUGGUAUGAGGACCCCCGAGAGACCAUCAAGUCCUAUAGACGCUUACAUCACAGAGGAAGAAAUAUUCCAGAGAUGUAAUCCCAAGUUACAUUAUCACCAUGAUGCUGUCCAAGAGUUGAAGCAACUUCAUUUAGAGCUGGUACCUCCUGAAGAACGUGAGGGUCGCACCUGGGAUCUUUGUGUUGAUGAUCUUAAAGAUGAUAUAUUGCUGAUGGAUGAUGACGAUGAAAGAAAGGAGACAUUCUUACAUCAACUCAAUACAUGUGUAUCCAAGAUGUCAUUCACACCCCAGAAACCUGUACAUAAACAGCUCUACAAGGCAGGUUAUCAGUUACUGGUGGAGGCUGUAGAUGAGAUGGUUGGUCAGUCAGUAGUUGUGAGACAAGUAAUGGGACUGCCAGAGAAAGAUCUUGAUGAAUUUUCUGAAGAUACAAAGUCUAAACAGGAAUCCCGCGAGAGCAGGCGUGCAUCACGAACUCCAUCUAAACCCACUAAUAACCCCAAAUUACAAACUGAAGAUAGUACAUUGAGUGACGGUAAAGGACGUAAGAGUGGUGCAGGGGAUAAGGGGGCUGCUAAAGCUCCGGACAAGAAAGCUCCUACUCCUGCUAAAGAUAAAGAUAAAGAUAAAGGAGGGAAAAUGUCAAAAGAGUCAACAAAAGCAGACAUUAAAUCGGGCAAACAGAGUGCCACCCCUGCCCCUAGGGGCCCACCUAGCCGUGGUAAGACUGCGGGGAGUUUAGGGGACAGGGAGAAAACGGGCUCACCAACUAGUAUGCUGCAAUCUUCCUUCGCUCAUGAAGAUCCUAUUAUUGAUAGAAAAUAUAAGGAAAAAGUUUUUGCACAGACGUACACAAUUGUUGCAGAUACAAUAGACAAAAUGGAGUUCGUUUUUGAUGAAAUUAUUCGCAAUGAUGCAAAUAGACCAACUUUGCAACCUUAACCUUUAUUGACCUCCAGUGACCUCCACCUUAACUUACUGUGAUAUUGUUAAUAUAUAAAUUGGAAAGAUGAACAAAAUGUUUUGUUAUAUGAAUGAAAACUUGUGAAAAUUUGAAAAAAUUCAAACAGACUAAAAACAUUACUUUGACAUCUCUUGGCAAGUAAUGAAAUGUAUGGAACACAUACUCAAAGUUUCACUCAAGGUAGUUCUGCUCAUUUGAUAUUCUGGGAGCCAUGGUGAAACAUUCUUUGUCUUGGUAAGAAAGAAUAAAGUUAGGACCUGGCAUACAGAAUGAAAAUUAUCCUGCAUAUAAAAUUUAAUGUCAUCCCAUGUGUAUAUUUACAAGAAUGCAUGUUUGCUUUUUUUCAAAAGAUAAAGAAUGAUAGCAAAAAAUAAUUCUAAUGCAUUCAAAUCCACCUAGGAAUUGCUGGUCUCUUGCUAUCAUUUUUGUUUGCCAAAAUUUCUUAUUUUAUUUUAAAGCUUCAAAAAAUCUGAGUUUUGUUAAUUCUAUAUUGUAGAAAAAAAACUGAUCAAAACUUGCAGAACUACCUUGAAUGACAAGUAAGUCAACUGCUUAUUUCAAAUGGAAUUCUACUGCAUUUAUUAUAUAUUACUAUGUUACCUGAAUUAUAAGUGAAAUCUUGUGUUAGUAAAGCUAUUUUCUGAUAUAACUGCAAUGAACUGAAUAUUUCAAUUACACCAUUUUAAGUUAUAGUAUUUAAUAUAGUACUAUAGAAUUUAGUUUUACAGAGCAGAAAGUUGUGUUUUUUUUUUCAAACUUGCAUGUUAAAAGAUAACACCACAGAUACACAAAUUUAUAUUGAAAUAUUUAGAUCUGUUUUUGAUUCACAAAAUACAUUGUAUUAAGAUAUUAAGCAUUCCUUUUAUGUGGACAAUAACAAAUUAUAUAAUUUUUAAAAUUUAAUAAAUUACAAAAACUAAAUGACAUUAACUUAUAACGACA